GCCUGGGAAGUCUCGCGAGUUUUGUCUCCAGCCGCGGGCGCGAAGCGGUACCUGUUGCUGGCGGGCCGUGGUCUCGUCUCCUCGCUGCCGGUUCCGCUCCCGUUCCGGAGCCUCCGGGCCCAGCAGCAUGACGUCUGCCUUGGAGAACUACAUCAACCGAACCGUUGCUGUUAUCACUUCUGAUGGGAGAAUGAUUGUGGGGACACUAAAAGGUUUUGACCAGACCAUUAAUUUGAUUUUGGAUGAAAGCCAUGAGAGGGUGUUCAGCUCUUCACAAGGAGUAGAACAAGUCGUAUUAGGAUUAUACAUCGUGAGAGGUGACAAUGUGGCAGUCAUUGGAGAAAUUGAUGAAGAGACGGACUCUGCACUCGACUUGGGGAACAUCCGAGCAGAGCCUCUGAACUCUGUAGCACACUGAAGACUCAGCAUGUGCUUAGAUGGCUGUAAAUCCUGUACAGAAACUGCUUGUUCUGAAAUGGUGUUUAGAUUUUUUUAUGAGUGUGUAAUUGUGGAUUUUGACUUUGUGUUCGUGUAUUGUAUUAUGUAAAUUUAAAUAUUUCUACAUUUUUAUUGGGAAACAUUGCCUAAAUUAAUAAAUGUGGUUGCCUCAUUUAUUUUUCUACUAAAUGAUAUAAAAAUCUAAGGAUCAUUUUGAAAACUUGGGAAAUACCAUUACUUUUGGUAAUUUAAUAUUUAUGGAAAAUUGGCUGUAAAGAGAACUUAGACUAUUAUUGUAACAUACGUGCAAAUAAUAGUAAUAAAUGAGACGUGUUUC